AUGUCGUCGCUGGAGCCGAGACUCCCUGAUGUCUACGGACCCGGCACUCACACCGACCGUGGCUUCGUGCCAGUGCAGCAGGAUACAGAGCGCAUCUUCAGACUGAUUGCUUCGCAAACACCGGGUUUCACGCAGGAUGAGAGUCUCUUGUCCAAAGUCAAGUUCGUGGGAGAGGAGUUUCCCGUCAUUCCAGGCCCUAUCAAGGCCGUGCCGGUGGCUGCUGCUUUACAUGCCAUGGCAGGUGUCAUCGCAGACGAGAUCCUCACCCUUCGUGGUGCUGAGAACAAGGAGCGCCAGAUUACUGUCAACACGACCCACGCAGCCUUCUGGUUUGGUUGCAUCGCCACUGCUUUCGUUGAUGGAGAGGAUGUCGUUUCUACAGUGAAGUCGGGCAAGCUCAAGAAGCUGCUGCCUCACUGGGAACAGGGUUGGGUCGAUACCGCCUUGAAGUACCGCGCGACUGGUCUCUAUCCUACUUCAGACCCCAAGGUCUGGUACUCGCUACAUGGCUCAAUGGACGCCACUCCAGUUCUCAAGUCUAUUGGUGUUGACCCGUCUGAACCAAUUGCGUCGAACGAGGACGCUGCUGCGCAUAUCGCCAGGCACACCAGCAACCUCACCCCUGAGAAGCUCGAGUUCAACAACCUCCUGAACGGAUUCUGUGGCAGCAUUUGCUUCAGCCCCAAGCAAUGGAACGAGAGCGAGAUGGGCAAGUCGCUGGCUGCACACCCCUUUGUCAAUGUCAAGGCCCAGCCUCAAGCCAUUCCCACGCCGCCCGUUGCCUUCGCGCCGCUCGAUCCCUCCGACAAGCGCCCCUUGGCUGGGAUCAAGGUUGUCGAGAUGACCCGUGUUAUUGCUGGACCUCAAAUUGGUACUAUGCUGGCCAGCUUCGGUGCCGAGGUCAUCCGCAUCAACCCGCCGCACUUGCCCGACAUCAACAUCAUGCAAUUGACGCUGAACGCCGGCAAGCGCACCAUUGCCAUUGACCUGCGCAAGCCUGAGGAGGCCAAGAUCCUGCACUCGUUGCUCGCCGAGGCGGAUGUCUUCAUCCAGGGUUUCCGCAUGAACAAGAUGCCCAAGUACGGAUUGGGCCUGAAUGAUAUCCUGAAGCUCGCCGGCGAGCGUGGCCGCGGAAUCGUCUACGUAUCCGAGAACUGCUACGGACCCGACGGAUACUACGCUGAGCGCCCCGGCUGGCAGCAGAUCGCAGACGCCGCCUCUGGCGCCGCCUUCGUCACUGGCCGGUCUCUCAAGCUGCCUAACAACGAGGCCGUUCUGCCUUCGCUGCCCAUCAGCGACAUGACCACCGGUGUUCUGGGUGCCGUUAGUACCCUGCUCGCCCUCCGCGACCGCGCCACCAAGGGUGGCAGCUACGCCGUCCACUCUUCGCUCACUGCCGUCAACACCUUUGCCCUGAAGCCCGAGGUUGGUCUCUACCCGCCGGAGGUUGUGGCCAAGUGCGCCGACCGAUUCCAGUGGGCUGAGAUGCGUGGUUCACACCACGUUUUGGAUCUGCUUGUCACCGUCUGGGAUGGCUGGAAGCGCGUCCUUGGAGGCCACCUCGAGGAGAAGAGUGGUUGGUUCCAGAGCUUCGAGAACAGUGCCUUCGAUGGCAAGAGACUCAGUAUCUUGAAGCCGGUUGCGACCUUGAGCGAUGCCAAGAGCUCGCCGCACUGGACCACCCCGAGUGUUCCUUACGCGUAUGAGAAGGCGGAGGGUAUUGCUUUCAAAUAUAUGUGA